UUCUCCCAAACAUUACUUUCAUAUCUUUGUGAAGCAAUCAAAAUUUGAUCGUACGUGUUGUUGUUCCCCCUUUUGCCAUCAAGUAUCAGUGGAAAAUUUCCUAAAUUCUUGCCCAUCACAACUCAACCCGCGAAGAAAAAUGUUCAAAAAAGCCAGCAAACUUUCGCCCCAGCCGAUGCCUCCGUCGGUGGAGCAGAUCAUGGAGGACUUGGAGACGUUCUGCGUGGAACGGAAACCGCUGGAGAAGAUUCGUUCGCUCGAUACCAACAGCAGCAGCAGCAGCAGCGGAACCGACGAACCCGACAUCGAAGAUUGGUGGAAGGUUUUCGAGACCUACCUGGAGGACCACGAGCAGUUCCACACCAUGAAGGUCGACAUUGAGAAUCUAAAGAAGAAACUGUUGGCCACCCAGAGCGAACUGCGAACUGCCCGGGACAACAUCCAGCGCCAGAUCGAUGAGGAUUUGGAGAAAAUCAAGCUGACAAUCAAGAGUUGAGAGGAGGAGGAGGAGCAGGGUGUCUCCGCGUUCGGACUGUUUUCCGUGUAGACAAUUGAAACAACUAUGCGUUUAUGAACAUUGUUUAUUUUUCUUAUUUAAUUUUAUUAUCUACGCUCACGAUGUUAUUGUUUAUGGUAAAAUGGUAACAUUGUAACACUCUUUGUAAAUAUAUAUGUAUUUAUUGUUCCUGAACAUUA